UGCAGUAGCAAGAAGAGUCCACCCAACAUCGAAGUGCUGGGAGGCCGCUUGACCUACCGACACAAGAAACUGGACGCUCGUUAGGCGAAAGCCUCUAUCGUCCAUUGUAUCUGACCUGACCUGACAUUUUCGCCCUAUUUAGAGCCCGUUAGUUGCAUACUUCGGCGUGAUCUUGUAAGUAAUUCCCCAGGUCUAUUACGGCCUACGUACACGCUGGACACGAAAGUCCUCGGAAUCCUCGUCCGCACGCAUAGUAUAAGCUGCAUUCCAUCGGUCCUGCGCUGUAUGACGCCUGGAUUUGUCCGCAGUUAAUCUCUGUGUGCAGGUUAUAUCUGAGAUUUCAUCAACAUAUCUACCAUCAUGCUUCGGCGCAAUCUCAGUUUGCCUCCUAACAAACAGAGGCAGACUGGAGUUUCAUUGCCUCCAUCGCACAUGAGGGCCUCGAGUGUUGUGCCACAUUGUGAUCAACGGAUUUCACAACGUGAUACGAAAUCUAAAGCUUUCGUAACUAGAGCUAUAACCAACUUGAUUGAGUUUUUAGAGUCUACUGAGUAUCCCAACGCCAUUUCUACUCGUCUGCUUCAAUCCCCCAGUUCAAAAGAAAUAUUUUGCAUUUUUGAGCAUGUAAUACGCCAAAUAUCGCCCACGUAUCGUAUUGGACGACCAGGAACGAAAGUGGAAGAUUCAUGCCUUGACGCGCUAACGAAGCUAGGCUAUCCAUAUGUGCUAAGCAAACAGUACUUGGCCACUCCGGGUGCUCCGCACGCUUGGCCAUCCGUGCUCGCGGCACUAGAUUGGCUUCGUGAGCAAGUGGUUGAGACACAUGAACUUCGGAAAUCCGACUCUUUGUUUAAGUAUGACGACGAACAAGACACUACGCGGGAACCGGUGGGCAAGGUUCUUUACGAAUGUACUCUAGCCGAACUCAACGGACAACGGUCCAUGGAUGAACUGGCACAGUUCGAUGCUCGAUUACGGGCGUUACUUGGAUGUCCAAGUCAAGCAGACUUUGACCAAAUGGAGUCCACUAUCGCCCAGAUUAACGCUGAACUGCAUUCGUUCGGUGCAUCGGACUCUUGCUUGGAGCAACUGCAGUUGCAAGUGCGUCAAUUGGAAGAGGAAUUGAAAUCACAAGACAACAAAAAACAAGACUUAGAAAGUCGUCUUCACAAGUUACAGUUGUCGAAUCGGGAGCACCAACGUUUGCUUGCCGAGUUGUCCGAGCGCAGUGAGCAGUUACGUGAACAGCUGAGUUCUGCGAAGAAGCGCAUUAAGGAACAGGAAGAUGCAGGCCUAGGUAGACUCAUACAAGACUACCGUAUUCUUCAAGAGCAAUACCAGUCCAGAAUACAAGACAAGACAGAGAUUCAAAAAGAGAUUGAACAGAAGGAAUUGGCGUUCAGCCGUCGUCAGGGGCGCAUUGCGCCUGCUUUGGAUACAUACAAUCGUCUGGUUACCACACUGAAGGUCCCUGAAUAUGAGGCUGUCGCACAAAGAUGUGAUCUAAAGGUCCGCACAUACCGCUCCGGCUUCGAUAUCACGUGCGAGGUAGCUGCUGCCAUGGGGGAUGUCAGUUCCUGUCUGAAAUGCAUCCAGUCUUUGGUUGCAGAGGUCGAAGAACACUCGGUUGAAUUGUGCCGGCAAAUUUCGGAAACACAGACAUCAAUUGAUAACCUUGGCCUUCCGCUCCUCAAUGCUCAACAUUCUGAGCUGGUGGAACAAGCGGAUAAGUUGGAUCAGCUGCUAGUCACUGAGGAUACUGAGCGUGAUAAGAUGGAGCAGGAGUUUGCACAACAGCGCCAGUGUUGGGCCACUGAGCGAUCUAAAAUCCAUACCCUUCUAGGAGAAACUCGUGCUCGCUCCGAUGAGCUUGAAGCCACUUUGGAUCGAAUAACUCAACGUCGAGUCGCGAAAUCCGAAUUCAUUGAAGAAUUGGAGUUCAAAGCGACAGUCUUCCUCCCAACACUGCAGGUAAGUUGUGAUGCACCAAUACAUACAGGAGCACCAAGGUUACGGCUAUUGAUGAACUCAUUAGGAGCCUUUUCAGCGACUUAGUACCGUUAUUCCAUGUCACAGCGUAUAUUACUGCUCCAGCUCUCUGUGCAUUCAGACGGUGGAACUCCUGCCAAUGUAAGGAGUAAUCCGAUGGUUGUUAAUUCGUUACCGUUCCUUUCAUUUAAUCGAUGAGCCAUUGACACCUGUUUUUAACGACAGAUUCUCUGUGAAACCCCCCCCCCCAGCUUCUAACUGAAGCAUAUUCGAGUAUCACCCUACAGCCUUCCAUAUUUCCAGCGCUUCCCGAUACCAUUGCCAAUGACUGAGUUCCUGGCUGUCCCUAUGUCAAUACUUGUUGCUUUCACUUCAUCUAUUUUACUCUCUGGACACAUUCAGCAAAUGUUGCAGAUCAGUUGUUGGCGCGAUAGCACCGCGUAGCCACCACACUGAAAGCAUAUGGUUUGUCGUAAUCAAUCGGCAUAUCUACUGCAAAACCUCUCCUAUUUCAUCUUUUUUGUGUUCUUCCUGUACGUCUGACUGAUGAUCAUAUUGACCAUAUCACAUGGCCUUCCUCAUCGUUUCAUUGUCGAGCACUAGAAUAUUGGUCCGACGGCGCAUCUUCGAAUAAACCUACAAUCGCUUCUGUCCCAUGACAGGGUCGGGGACUAACAAUGCGGAGACUGGGAUUCAGAAGUUUGCAAGUCAUGCGCCUGAGCCACCAUAUAACCAGACCUUUGGAAAAGUAAGAGCACUUUCCUAACUCGUAGAUUAUACCCAUUUCGACGUUAGUAGACAAUUGAUACGAGGAAAUUUCUUUUUGGCAACUAUCAUCAGGCAUGUACAGUUAUGCUGCGAAUAAUCAAAUGAACAUUACGCUAUUUCUAGCCUGCAAUUGCAAGGUCGUGGAUGUCCUGAUAAGGGAAGUAUGCAGUGGUUCAAAUCAAACUACUACGGGUCAGUUGCCUAAAGGUUACAUGACUAAGCUAAGCCCAUGGCAACAACAACCAGAGUCUUUUGCUUACACAGUUCUGGCUGUAGCCGACCGGUGUUAAUCCCGAACGCUAAAUAAGAGUUAACGACUUUUAAAAUUUUCUACGCUGUACCGAAGCGGACCCCAAAAGGGCUCAAAAGGCAUAUGCUGACUACGGCUGAAGCCAUUGUAAUCAGACGGCUACACCCAGAACUGUGUAGGCAGAAGACUGGCGCAAACCAUUAUCUUGCCAUGGACUCAGCUUAGUCAUAUGAUCUUUGACCCGUAGUAGUUUGUUUAAUUUGAACCACUGUACACUUCUCUUGUCAGAACAUCUACUACGCAAUUGCUGGCUAGAAAAAAGCGCAAUGUUCAUUUGAUUAUUCGCAUCAUAAUUGUACACGCCUGAUGAGAGUUGUCAACAAAAUUUUCUUCGCACCGAUUGCCUUCGAACUUAUCUAGCUGUUAUGGAGACGUCUCAAGGCUGGCUAGAUGAUGAAAAUAAUGCGUCAGCUGUACGCCAUAAUGGCGCUUCGCGACAGUCACCAGUCGCGCGUGGGCUGAAUAUACCGCGAGGUCGCCCAACCCUACGCGGAUUCGAACCGGUGACCUUAUGAUUGCAAGCCAGGCGUGCAGACCCCUCGGCCACCGCCCGACAUCAAGGCCACUUCGAUAACUGGGUGCCGCUCAACACCUUUGAUAAAUUGAAUUCGAGUUGUUUCACGAACAUCUGAACAAUUGCGUGUUAUUGGUUUCACUUCCAUGGUUUAUUGAAUUUUUCUUUCUCCCUUUGUUUCCAAACACUUGUGUUCUCUUCACUCUGUCAUACGCAGCACCACUUGGAACACAGGGA